AUGUCGACGCCGACAUCGACGCUUCAUCUUUCCGCUAUUUCUCUCCCCCAGCUCUAUGACCUCCUACAGCCAAUAACAGUCCCUAAUACUUCUCCAAAUGCCAAGUUCACCAAUUGGAGUAGUACAUUCGCUUGUUCACCACUCGCAAUCUUCGAGCCGGCAACGGAACUUCAGUGCGAGCUCAUUCUCGAGCUCGCACGACGUGAAGGCAAAGUGGUCCGAGCCGUCGGAGUAGGCCAUAGUCCCAGUGACCUCGCCUGUACCACUGGCUACAUGCUACGCACCACCAAGCUCGAUCGGCUUUUGGAGAUCCAUGCAGACAAAAGAUAUAUCAUCGCUCAGGCCGGAAUUACACUUGAUGCACUCCAUGCCGAACUUGCAAUCCAUGGCCUUGCCAUGAUUAAUGUCGGCUCGAUCUCCGACCAGACAUUGGGCGGUAUCGUCACGACCGCUACCCACGGAACUGGCAUCAACUAUGGCGUUAUUUCUACGCAUGUCAUGGGAUUGACGUUGUUGCUGGCGGAUGGAUCUCGCGUGUUCUGUUCUCGCCAAGAGAGGCCCGAUCUAUUCACAGCAUCAAUUUGCGGAUUGGGCAGCACGGGCCUUAUCUUGACGGUUACCCUUGAAGUGGAGCCCGCAUUUCGCCUCAAAGAGGUCCAACAAACAAUCCAGUUUCAUGAAUGUGUGCGAAGCUUGGACAGCCUCGUCACUGCCUCUGAGCAUGUUCGGUUCUGGUGGUUUCCUGCUGCGGAUACCAUGCGAGUAAGUUCUGCCGAUCGUACCAUAGAGCCAGUCAAACCAGCGGGAAGUUGGCUCUGGCAUUCAUUGAUCGGUUUUCAUGUGGUGCAAUUUCUACUUUUUGUGGCAAGAUUCAUCUUGCCAUUGAACAUCUUCAUCGGUCGUUUCGCAUCAUGGCUGGUCAGCACCAAAGUUAUCGCGAUCGAUGAUAGCUUCCGUAUCUUUAACAUGGAAUGCAGAUAUCCGCAGCACACUACCGAAUGGGCUAUCCCCUACGCCAAUACGAAAGCCUGUCUUCAUGAUUUGCAUGAUUGGCUAAUGCGCGAGUUCUCUGACCCCAAUGGUCUCCGCCCUCAUUUCCCUAUUGAAGUACGAUUCUCCGACAGUGACGACAUCUGGCUAAGUCCGAGCAACGGACAGAGGACUUGUUGGAUCGGGAUUGUCCAGUUCAAACCCUACGGGUUUGAGGUCCCGUACAAGACGCUGUUCGAGCGUUUUGAAACCAUUCUGUGCCGUCACGGCGGCCGACCUCAUUGGGCCAAGGCACAUCAUCUCCGUCCAGAGACACUUCGCAAAUUGUAUCCUCGAUUCGACGACUUCACCCGCGUACUUGAGUCGGUCGACCCUCGUGGGAUGUUUCGCAAUGAGUAUGUGGAACGCCACAUAUUUGGCAAGACAGGCCCAGGAUACCACAACAGAGUUUUCAAGCGUUAUGCCCCUUCACAGUGA